GCUGACUCUCAGGCACCGGCAGGCGCCAGUUUGGGACGGCGGCUGGAGGUGGUGCUGGCCGCACGGGCUGGUGGUCGAGGGGCUGCAGCAGUCCAGCUGCCUCAGGAGAUCCUGGGUGGGGAGACCCAAACCUGUGGGUGUGUGAUGAGUGGCAGACCCAGACUCUACCAGACACCAGGGGCCCUGGGAGCAGAGGGUUCUGAGAGCAGCUUCCCCUGCCUCCUGCUGACGGCCAGCUCCCCCUGCUAAUCCAGGGCUGCAGCACCCCCACCGAGAGUCCUCCAUCCCUCUAGGAUGGCUCCCCCACCAGCUGGCCCCCUGGUCCCUGCUCCUCCACCUGAGGAUCCAGGACCCAGUCUGGACAACAGGUGGCUUUUCCUGAAUGCCAAUGUCCUGCCUGUGGUGGAGCGGUGCAUGAGCAGCAUGCAGGAGGGGACCCAGAUGGUGAAGCUCCGAGGCGGCUCCAAGGGCCUGGUCCGCUUCUACUACCUCGACGAGCAUCGCUCCUGCCUCCGCUGGCGGCCCUCACGCAAGAACGAGAAGGCCAAGAUCCCCAUCGACUCCAUCCAGGAGGUGAGCGAGGGGCGGCAGUCCGAGAUCUUCCAGCGCUACCCCGACGGCAGCUUCGACCCCAACUGCUGCUUCAGCAUCUACCAUGGCAGCCACCGGGAGUCGCUGGACCUGGUCUCGCCCAGUGGGGAGGAGGCACGCACCUGGGUGACCGGCCUGCGCUACCUCAUGGCUGGCAUUAGUGACGAGGACAGCUUGGCCCGCCGCCAGCGCACCAGGGACCAGUGGCUGAAGCAGACGUUCGACGAGGCGGACAAGAACCGGGACGGCAGCCUGAGCAUGGGCGAGGUGCUGCAGCUGCUGCACAAGCUCAACGUGAACCUGCCCCGGCAGCGCGUGAAGCAGAUGUUCAGGGAAGCGGAUACAGAUGACUGCCAGGGAACGCUGGGAUUCGAGGAGUUCUGUGCUUUCUACAAGAUGAUGUCCACCCGCCGGGACCUCUACCUCCUCAUGCUGACCUACAGUGACCACAAGGACCACCUGGACGCUGCCGACCUGCAGCGCUUCCUGGAGGUGGAGCAGAAGAUGAAGGGUGUGACGCUCGAGAGCUGCCGGGACAUCAUUGAGCAGUUUGAACCCUGCCCAGAGAACAAGAGCAAGGGGGUGCUGGGUAUUGAUGGUUUCACCAACUACACGCGGAGCCCGGCAGGCGACAUCUUCAACCCGGAGCACCACGGUGUUCACCAGGACAUGACGCGGCCGCUCAGCCACUACUUCAUCACCUCCUCCCACAACACCUACCUCGUGGGCGACCAGCUCAUGUCCCAGUCCCGGGUGGACAUGUAUGCCUGGGUCCUGCAGGCCGGCUGCCGCUGCGUGGAGGUGGACUGUUGGGACGGGCCUGACGGGGAGCCCAUCGUGCACCACGGCUACACUCUGACCUCCAAGAUCCUCUUCAAAGAUGUCAUCGAAACCAUCAACAAAUAUGCCUUUGUGAAGAAUGAGUAUCCAGUGAUCCUGUCCAUCGAGAACCACUGUAGUGUCGUCCAGCAGAAGAAGAUGGCCCAGUACCUGGCUGACAUCCUCGGGGACAAGCUGGACUUGUCAUCAGUGAGCAGUGAGGAUCCUACCAAGCUUCCUUCUCCGCAGAUGCUCAAGGGCAAGGUCCUGGUGAAGGGGAAGAAGCUCCCAGCCAACAUCAGUGAGGACGCAGAGGCCGGUGAGGUGUCCGACGAGGACAGUGCCGACGAGAUUGACGAGGACUGCAAGCUCCUGGAUGGGGAUGCCUCCACCAAUCGGAAGCGUGUGGAAAACAUCGCUAAGAGGAAACUGGACUCUCUGAUCAAGGAGUCCAAGAUCCGUGACUGUGAGGACCCCAACGACUUCACCAUCUCCACACUGUCCCCAUCUGGGAAACCUAGGCACAAAGCAGAGGCCAAAAAGAGCAAGGCCGAGGAGGACAUGGAGUCUGGGGAGGACGCCGGGGCCAGCAGACGGAACCACCGCCUCCUCAUGAGCAGCUUCUCCAAGCGCAAGAAAAAGGGCAGCAAACUAAAGAAGGCAGCCAGCCUGGAGGAGGGGCGCGAGGACCUGGACUCCCCAGCAAGCCAGAGCCGAGGGACAGCCCGGCAGAAGAAGACCAUGCAGCUGUCCCGGGCCCUCUCGGACCUGGUGAAAUACACCAAGUCCGUGGGCACCCACGACGUGGAGACGGAGGUGGUGUCCAGCUGGCAGGUGUCGUCCUUCAGCGAGACCAAGGCCCACCAGAUCCUGCAGCAGAAGCCGGAGCAAUACCUGCGCUUCAACCAGCACCAGCUCUCCCGCAUCUACCCCUCCUCCUACCGGGUCGACUCCAGCAACUACAAUCCGCAGCCCUUCUGGAACGCAGGCUGCCAGAUGGUUGCCCUGAACUACCAGUCAGAGGGGCGGAUGCUGCAGCUGAACCGGGCCAAGUUCAGUGCCAACGGCAGCUGUGGCUACGUGCUCAAGCCCCAGUGCAUGUGCCACGGCGUCUUCAACCCCAACUCUGAGGAUCCCCUGCCCGGGCAGCUCAAGAAGCAACUGGCCCUGAGGAUCAUCAGUGGGCAGCAGCUCCCCAAGCCGCGGGACUCGAUGCUGGGAGACCGCGGGGAGAUCAUUGACCCCUUCGUGGAGGUGGAGGUCAUUGGGCUCCCUGUGGACUGCAGCAAGGAGCAGACCCGAGUGGUGGACGACAACGGGUUCAACCCCAUGUGGGAGGAGACCCUGGUGUUCACAGUGCACAUGCCCGAGAUCGCACUGGUCCGCUUCCUCGUCUGGGACCAUGAUCCCAUCGGGCGAGACUUCAUUGGCCAAAGGACACUGGCCUUCAGCAGCAUGCUGCCAGGAAAGGUGGAGGAGCAGGGACAGGGGAACGUGACGCUGUGCCCUGGCUGCCCAGGCUACCGGCACGUGUACCUGGAGGGGAUGGAAGAGGCCUCCAUCUUUGUGCACGUGGCUGUCAGUGACAUCAGUGGUAAGGUCAAGCAGGCUCUGGGCCUAAAAGGCCUCUUCCUCCGAGGCCCAAAGCCAGGCUCACUGGACAGUCAUGCUGCUGGGCAGCACCCACCCCGGCCCUCCGUUAGCCAGCGGCUCCUGCGGCGCACGGCCAGUGCUCCAACCAAGAGCCAGAAGCCGGGCCGCAGGGGCUUCCCGGAGCUGGCCCUGGGCACGCAGGACACCGGCUCCGAGGGGGCAGCUGACGACGUGGUACCCCCCAGCCCUGGCCCUGCUCCCGAGGCCUUGGUGUGUGAGGGUCCCAGCAGUAGCAGCCCGCGAGAUGCUCGCCCCUUCUCUCUGCAGCGGUCAAUCUCCCCUCUGUGCAGCCUGGAAACCAUUGCCGAGGAGCCGGUCCUGGGCCCUGGCCCCCCACCACAGGCAGCUGCCCCCACCAGCUCCCACAGGGAAGGGCCCCAGUCCCCUGCGGGACCUGGAGCCAAAGUGGCCAGCACACCACGGACUGCUCUGGGAGCCUCUGAGCCCCUACAGCUCAGAACCCGGCAUGAAGGGGACCUCGAAGAGCCCCCCAGGGAGCCGCGCCAUGGUGGUGCCAGCGGGGCAUGCCCAGGGUCCCCUGUCAGCCAGACGCACAGCAAGAGCCAUCCCCAAGCCCUGGGUCACCUGCCCAUGGUCAGAAGAGCCAAGAGUGAGGGCCAGGUGCUGCUGGAGCCCCUGGGUCCCUGGCGGCCCCUGGCCGGGCCCUCCCCGACCCCAGCCAUGCACUCAGACGCCACAGGCAGUGACCGGCUGUGGCAGCGGCUGGAGCCAGGCAGCCACCGUGACAGUGUGUCCUCGUCCUCCAGCAUGUCUUCCAGCGACACUGUCAUCGACCUCUCCCUGCCAAGCCUGGGCCUGGGCCGCAGCCGUGAGAGCCUCACUGGGGGCCCGCUUGGACGUCUACCCCCAAGGCCCUGCUCAGCCUCGGCCACUCGCCCUGACCGGCCACCUGUGACCAAGAGCAAAUCGAACCCCAACCUGCGGGCCGUGAGCCAGCUGCCUCCUGUAUCUGAUGAGCUGCGGCCCCGGCCCCUGGCCCCACGCCCGCCCGGCCUCCACGCCCGGUCACCCUGGGGCCGCCUCACCCUGGUGGGCUUGCAGGACUGCCCCGCGGCUGCCAAGUCCAAGAGCCUGGGGGACCUGACUGCCGCCGACUUUGGCCCCAGCUCUGAGGGGAGCUCGUGCAGCCUGAGCCGCAGCCUGGGCGCCCCGGGCCAGGCUGGGCAGGAGGUGCAGCCGGACGCACUGACGGAGCAGCUGCGCUGGCUCGUGGGCUGCGGGCAGGCCGGGGACAUCGCAUCACCCAGGGCUCUGGGCCCAGCUGGGGAGGGGUCAGUGGGGGGUCCGGGCUUCUUGCGGAGGUCCUCCUCCCGAAGCCAGAGUCGCGUGCGAGCCAUUGCCAGCAGGGCCCGCCAGGCCCAGGAGCGGCAACAGCGGAUGCGGAGCCUGGGCCAAAGGGGCCCCCCGGAGGAGCGGGGCACCCCCGAAGGCGCCUGCUCCGUGGGCCACGAAGGCUUCACGGACACACCCGCCCCCUCCAAGGGCACCCUGGAGCAGGUGUCCAGUGCGGCCGACGGCUUGCUCCUGCUGAGGCUCUGACCUGCUCUGGGCUGGCGCCCAGCCCCUGACCUGCUGUCAGCUGGGGGCCGGAGGCACUGGCUUUGGUGUCCAGCGUUUGCUCAGGAAAUGGAGCAGCCAGGUCCCCCCCCACCCCACCCCCCCGCGUUCGCCUGGCGUACCCAGCAGCGUGCCCCUGGGAAGAAGGGGCUGCAGCUGCCCGCCAGGGCCCCAGAAGAUGGCCUUGAGCUGGCCCUGGCGGGCAGUUUUCUCACUUUGAGCGUGGAGGUUUACAUUUCUAGAAGUCCAUCUAUACCACAUUAAAGUGACCCGAGCCCCUUCCCACCAUUCCAGCCAGCUUCCACCUGUGGGGGUGUGGUGUGCGUCUGCUCUGGCUCUCCAGCUGCUGUGCGCCUGUCCCUGGAGCGGCUCCACGUCUGUCCCGGGCCCCACCCUCACUGCACUCGCUGCUCUGUGCGACUGUCCUCUUCCCUGGAUAUCCAAAGACUCCUUGUAACUCCCCACCACAACUCCCAAUAAACGUGUCCACGCCAGUUCUGCGUG